CCUAGGUUAGUGAACAUACCUUUGCACUUUAAAAUAUCCCAACAAGCGUGAAAAUUCGUCUUUAAACUUCAUAUUGUCUCCUACUAUACUACUCCAGAAUCGUAAUAAUGGACCCCACUCUAGACCUACCAGAUGGGGCUUGUCCAACCCUCGCACUUGUCCAUCCGACUGAGGAAGAGAAACUCAUUCAAUUCAAGCUCAAUGGUGUUGAAUGGCGCGGUGCUCUCUCGCUGCCGGCAUACCUGCGCCGGGAGGAAGUCCUGUCGAAGCAGUCACUGACCCGCGACGGUGGCAUCACGUACUGGAUUCUGGUCGAUACUGCAGCCAAAGAGAACCCCCUGGACCCAUCUUCAUCCGCUCGUUUACCGCUUGCGAGCUGCGAAACCUACCGAAAGAAGGCUCUUGUCUGGCAGGAUGGCAAGGUACACGAAACCAUUUCCCACGGCAUCGGGAGUGUAUUCUGUGCGCCGCAUCUGAGGAAGCGGGGCUAUGCGGCGAGGUUGAUGCAGGAGCUUGGGAAGUUAUUGAGAACGCAUCACACGAGCAAGCAGACUGAAUCGUGGUUUUCUGUGCUGUUCUCUGACAUCGGCAAAAAAUUCUAUGCGGAGCACGGCUGGGAGCCAUUCAACUCUGCCCACGUAUGCAUCCCGGCUGGAGUAUCGGAGUCUCUAGAUGCGAACAGCCUCCCAACCGUUCGACCGCUUCGUAAGGAGCAUCUUGCGGAGCUUUGCAAAAUUGAUGAAGCGUUGGUUCGAAAGACCCUCGAAUCGCGGGCAAAGAAUAGCAACACCGCUGUUGCGCUAAUUCCCGACAUAGAAACCAUCCGAUGGCACCAUGCUCGUGAAGAUUUUGUCGGCACAGAGCUCCACGGAAAGACUCCCGAUAUCAAGGGUGCAAUGGUGGGUUCCGAGAAAGGAAAGCGGAUAUGGUGCUACUGGACGCGCAUGUGGUAUAAUAGUAACCCUGCAGAAGCCAAAGGCAAUACCCUGCAUAUUCUUCGUUUAGUAAUUGAAGAUGAAGGUCGUAAUGAUUGGGAGAGAUCGGGAAGGAGCCACAUGAACGGGGCCGCGCCGGACCACAAUCACGAUGCCGCAAUUGCAUCCCUACUACUGAUGGCACAACGCGAGGCGCAAGAGUGGAAUAUGGAGGAGAUAGAGGCUUGGAAUCCGUCGUCGGCAAUGAUGGCAGCUGCACAGAAGUUAGAUCCUAACGCAAAGGUGGUUAACCGCGAUAUGGAGAGCAUCACGAGCUUGAAGUGGUUUCCCUCUCACGAUGGGCCCGUGGCGGAUUCAAUAGAUUGGAUCGGGAACGAAAAAUAUUGCUGGUGCUAAGAGUCAUUCCCGUAUGAUACUUUACAGACAGAGGGAUAUAUCAACUAGAUGGUAGUCACACCGCGGAGCAAUUUGUGAAGAACACAAUAUGAUGAUUGACACUAGUUACGCAAACGAUUAUGGUGAAUACGGAAGCAAUUCAACCUAGGACUACGGAAAACAGCAUCACAAACCAAAGGGAAGGCAACGAGUUGAAGAAUUUUCACAAG